CGAACAUGAACAGCACUCCUUCGCUUGCACCGUCAGCCCGUCCAGCAAAGAACUCUCGUACGCAAAGCGCGUAUAAAUACGAUGCAAAGCAACACGGACAUCGCAGAAAAAGCAGGUCAGCCAUACCUGAGCUGAUCGGCAGCAGCUCAGCGCAAAAUAAAAAGGCUUAGCAAUGCUUCCUCGCCGCCUCACCUUCGUGGCCGCGGUCACCGCCGCCCUCCUCCUCGCCAGCGCGACCGACGCCGCGCGGAGCAAGAGCCUGGCGUCCAGAUUCCUGGACCCGCACAACGCCGCGCGGCGCGCGGUCGGGCUGCGGCCGCUGAAGUGGGACGUGAGACUCGCGGCGUACGCGCGGCGGUACGCGGCGGCGCGGAGCCGCGACUGCGCGCUGGUGCACUCGCACGGGCCCUACGGGGAGAACCUCUUCCGGGGCAGCGGCGGCACCGGGUGGAGGCCCGCGGCCGUCGUGGGCGCCUGGGUCCGGGAGAGGGCGCUGUACGACCCUGCGUCCAACAGCUGCCGCGGCGGCGGCCGCGGCGCGUGCGGACACUACACGCAGAUCGUGUGGCGCCGCACCACGGCGGUUGGGUGCGCGCUUGUGCCCUGCGGCGGGGGGCGAGGCACGUUCGGCGUCUGCAGCUACAACCCGCCCGGCAACUACGUGGGCAUGAGGCCCUACUGAAAAGACGCUGUAUGUGCAACUGUGCAUGCAGCAUAUUUCGAUGUUUAAUAUGUGUCAAUUUGUUCACGGAGAUCUCGUGAUUAAAUGAAUCCCCUAAUUUGUACUGCUUUCGAUGUUUAAUGUGUGUCAAUUUGUUCACGGAGAUCUCGUGAUUAAAUGGAUCCCCUAAUUUGUACUGCUUCAUUAUUCUUUUUGUUUGGUGAAAAACUAAGUGGAUAUGUAUUUAGUUUACA